AAAAAAAUGCGUAUUCCAGGUGCUCGAGUACAAGAUGUAGCAGAGUUAGAAAAAAUUCUCAAGCGACCAAUUACAUUACUGGAUAUUACACAUGGCACUAUUUUUAAUAGCAAAAAAUAUCGAUCAGGUAAGUAUGAAGAAAUAGAAAUGGUAGUUCAUAAUGGGCAUGCAUUCCCUCGAAAUCAUCAUUUUCCAAAGGAUCGAAUGGUUGAAUAUUAUAAAGACGAUACUUGGGAAGCUAUCAAUAAUGCCCUUCAAGGUCCUCAAGCAAUCUGGCUUAUGGGAGUAGGAGAUGAAAACCAAAGAGUUUCUCAAUUUGUUUUAGAAAACGGCCGUGCAUUUAGGACAUGGAUAAAGCAUACAGAUAUUAUAAAAGCAUGUAAGGAAUUAUUUGAAGAUGCGGUAAACUGGCAAUUUCAUGAAAAUAUAAUUAAUGAAGAAAAAAAAUCGAUUCUUUUAAAGUCUCUCAAAGUAGUUGACUUAGCAGAGCAAGUAUUUGGUGCAAACCAUGCUGGAAGUCGACUUGCCAAUAAAAUCAAUGAAUGGUGUCCAAUAUCUGGAAAAAUAAAUGAUGUUAUAAGACAAGCUUGUGUUGAGCAUAGGCAUGGUGGACGCUGGAAUGCACCCAGUUAUCACAUUAAUAAUGUCGUAUAUAUUGAUAUGAAAGAAUGCUAUCCAGCAAUAGCAGUAAAUGGAAAGUUACCAAAAGAUGAUACUACCGGAUUUGCACAGAUAAAAUCUUUCAAAUUUGCUUCUAAUAUACAUCCAGUAAUCCCAGUCUGGUAUGGAAAACAUUUUGCAUGUCGAAGCGGAGAUGGAUGUGUAAAAAAAAGUGUAACUAUUGGGGAAGCAAUUAUUUCUCUUACCAAACAAACAAAAGUAUGGUUACCAAAAAAUCGAAAUAUUAGUUGUGCAAUUAUAGGUAAGUUUACACAAGGUGGCAAGAUUGAUGAAAAACGACUUACUCAUCGACUUGUAACAAAUGAAGGUGAGCUCGAUUUCUUGGUUAAAGAUUGUACUGAUGCCGGAACUUUUGCCGGAAGAGAAAAAUGUCCACUCGGUUUUAUACUUACAUACUAUGAGGGUCAUCAACCUCAAUAUACUCAUUUACGGGCUUCAAUGUUAGCAUAUGCACAUAUUAAUUUGUUAGAGAUGCUUCGGAGAUUCGAUCCUAAUGAAGUA